AUGGCUGCGGUCGAAUUGUCAGCGUUAUGUAUCAAUGACGUUCUCUCACACCACUUACUUGCAGAGGUUCUGGUUCGCAUCCCUUUGAGAGAUGUAUUUCGCUGUAUUUCUGUUUGCAAGCUCUGGUUCUCUUCCAUCCGGGAUGAUCCACAUUUCAAAAGACGCUUCAUUCGCCAGAGGGUUACGGAGCAGGCCACUUCCAGUGCGGAGGAUCACCAGCUGGUCUAUGCACAGUGCAGUGUCAAGGAAAUGCUUCUGGUAACUCCCACCUGCAGCAUCAUUAAGGGUUCUGAAUUAUCCUUGGAUUUCCUCCCGUCCAUUGCUGAACAGGAUUACUACGAUCGUAGCCUAGACCUGCAAGGCGAAGAUAGCUCGAUCACUUUGAAUGAUGGAUUUGGUUUUAAGGUUGUACGUUGGAGUUACUCUGACAGUGGCAAGGAUGCGGAAGUAGAUUUCUUUUGGAUGGAUGUGGAAAUAUUCUCAUCAGACAUAGGACAUUGGACUACAUCUAGGGCCCGAUGUAUGGAAUGUGUUUCCUUAACGGGUCUCCCAGACCCAGUAAUGGGGAUUUCAUACAAUGGAAGGCUUUAUUGGCUGCUGGGAAGAUAUGAGACUUUGAUCUACGAUCCCAGCAAGAAUGAGUUUUUUCUGGAACCCAUUACUCCUCCUUCGGAUGUAUUGUGCAUGAUUCCUUCGGCGCUUUCGUUUAUGGUGCCUUUUCAAGGGCUUAGCCGGUGUCAAGGCUCGUUUUGGGCAGGACAAGCUUGGCGUGCAGAACUGAGUCUGAGAGUAUACACACUGGCAGAUGGUGAAUGGCAUCUCAAGCAUAAUGUCAAUAUCCUUGAUUGGUUGCCUUGCAGCGCAAAUUCAGUCAAGAACACGAUGAAGAUUCCUCCGAACGCCGCUGUUCAAUUCUGGACUAUGCAUCCACAUGAUCCCAUGAUAGCAUACUUGACUGUGGAAAGGACGUUACUGGAGUGCGACUUUGGGGCUAGGACCCUGAAAGUGGUAGCCGAGAAUUCUGGCAUGAGCAAGGAUGGCAUGGGUCUGAUAUGGUCCAGCGUGUUGACAUUUUCUCUUCCACUUUGGCCGACCCCUCUUCCUGCUCUCUCCCUCCCUGCUGCUUAA